AUGGAGCAUGGAGACAGAGGGGUGGGUGUCUCGCACCUACGCUAUGAUGAACAGGAAGAUCAUCAGUCCAUCUACAUUGGCGUACCAGUUCCUCGGGGAUAUCGGCGUAAGCGCAGGCGAAGGCGUUCUAGUCACGACAGCAACACGGACAGAGAAAGACGCUACAGCCGCCACAGACAUCACGAACAUGACCAGUAUAACCAGUAUAGGGACAUAGACAUGGAGGAAGGACUCAUGGAUUCGCGUGAACAGAGUCUCCAAGAUAUUAACCGCACAAUGUCCCCAGCAGCUGAGAGGCUACGCUACAUCCUGAGUGAGGAUGAUGACAUGCCUACGCCUACACUCUUCACCGAAAUGGACACUUUACAGCGUGAAGGUGACGAACUGGAGUGGAAGGAGUCUGCAAGGUGGGUGAAGUUUGAGGAGAAAGUAGAGGAAGGAGGCGAGAGAUGGAGCAAACCACACGUGUCCACGCUGUCCUUGCACAGUCUGUUUGAGCUUAGGACUUGUCUUCAAACAGGAACCAUUCUUUUGGACCUGGACGGCUAUUCUUUGCCUCAAAUAGUUGAUGACAUCAUUGAGAGACAGAUAGAAGAAGGCAUGAUUUCGCCUGACCUGAGGGACAAGAUCAGUUUUGUUCUGCUAAGGAAACAUCGACAUCAGACCAAGAAGCCAAUCCAUCGCUCUAUAGCUGACAUGGGAAAGUCUAGUUCAUCCACCUCUCGCCCACCCGGGCCCAGAGGUGCACCUGGCCCAGUGCCGGUAGCCAACUAUAAUCGAUCAACAGAGGACCUCCGAAUUAAGCAGCAGGCUGGCAGCUAUGGCCGUCUGCGUCAUGCUCAAAGUCGGAGUAUGAAUGACAUUGCAGAUACUCCCAGCACAGACCAGUUGAAGAACAAAUUCAUGAAGAAGAUCCCAAGAGAUGCUGAGGCCUCUAACGUGUUGGUGGGAGAAGUGGAUUUCCUCAAUAAACCCUUUGUUGCCUUUGUUCGCCUGUCUCAAGCCACAACACUAGGCGGUCUGACAGAGGUGCCUGUGCCCACCAGAUUCCUGUUCAUUCUCUUGGGACCACAGGGAAAGGCCAAGUCAUAUAACGAGAUAGGCCGAGCCAUAGCAACGUUGAUGGUCGAUGAUCUCUUUAGUGAUGUAGCCUACAAAGCCAGAGACCGAGAGGACCUAAUUGCAGGCAUAGAUGAGUUUUUAGAUGAGGUGAUUGUGCUUCCACCCGGGGAAUGGGAUCCCAAAAUCCGGAUUGAGCCUCCCAAGAAAACUCCAUCAGCUGACAAAAGGAAGUCGGUGUUCUCCUUGAAUGAAUUGGGACAGAUGAAUGGGACAGCAGGUGGAGGCGGAGGACUAGCUGAGGAUGAGGAAAUGCCAGCACAACAUGAACUUGGAGAGGAACUGGCAUUUACUGGGCGCUUCUGUGGUGGAUUGUACUUGGACAUCAAGCGUAAAUUGCCAUGGCUGCCCAGUGAUUUCUACGAAGGUUUUCACAUUCAAUCCAUCUCUGCUGUGCUCUUCAUCUACUUGGGCUGCAUCACGAAUGCCAUCACCUUUGGUGGCCUGCUAGGAGAUGCCACCGAGAACUAUCAGGGUGUAAUGGAAAGUUUCCUCGGUACAGCUCUGGCUGGCACUGUGUUUUGUCUGCUCGGGGGUCAGCCCCUCAUCAUUCUAAGCUCAACUGGACCCAUCCUCAUCUUUGAAAAGCUCCUAUUUGAAUUCAGCAAGAAUAACAACAUCGAUUACAUGGAGCUGCGCUUGUGGAUAGGCAUCCACUCAUGCUUGCAGUGUUUCAUCCUGGUGGCAACUGACGCCAGUUACAUUAUCAAGUACAUGACACGUUUCACUGAAGAGGGCUUCUCCAGUCUCAUUUCAUUCAUCUUCAUCUCUGAUGCUAUCAAGAAGAUGGUGGGCUCCUUCAAAUAUUACCCCAUCAACACCAACUUCAAACCAGACUACGUCACCGCUUACAAGUGCGAGUGCUUGGCGCCGGACCCGAUUCCAAUGCCAGAUAACAGCUCUAGUGUCCCUGGGUUGAAUGUGACAGCACUGGACUGGAGCCAGCUGAGUAAGAAGGAGUGUUUGAAGUACGGGGGCUCUUUAGUGGGCAAUUCCUGCAAGUAUGUCCCAGAUCUGGCUCUCAUGUCCUUCAUCCUCUUCUUUGGAACGUACUCCAUGACUGUCACCCUCAAGAAGUUCAAGUUCAGCCGCUACUUUCCCACCAAGUUGAGGAAGCUUAUCAGUGACUUUUCUAUAUUCAUGUCAAUCAUGACGUUUGUGGGCCUUGACAUGCUGAUGGGUCUUAAAACGCCCAAGUUAAUUGUGCCAACAGAAUUCAAGCCUACUCGUCCGGAUCGUGGCUGGAUUGUGUUGCCCUUUGGGAAGAACCCAUGGUGGGUUUACUUGGGCAGUUUUGUCCCAGCCCUCCUUGUCACCAUCCUCAUCUUCAUGGACCAGCAAAUCAGUGCUGUCAUUGUCAACCGCAAGGAGAACAAACUGAAGAAAGGUUGCGGCUACCAUUUGGAUCUAUUCUGGGUGGGUGUCCUGAUGGCCACAUGCUCUUUCUUGGGUCUGCCCUGGUACGUAGCUGCCACAGUCAUCUCCAUCGCCCACAUCGACUCUCUGAAGAUGGAAAGCGAAUCCAGUGCUCCCGGAGAGCAGCCACAAUUCCUCGGAGUCAGAGAACAACGAGUGACGGGAAUUCUAGUCUUUGUUCUGACUGGUGUCUCCAUCUUCCUUGCUCCAAUACUAAAGUUUAUCCCCAUGCCUGUGUUGUAUGGCGUCUUCCUCUACAUGGGAGUAGCUUCCCUCAGCGGAAUUCAGUUCUGGGACCGGAUCAAAUUAUACAUGAUGCCAUCCAAGCAUCAACCAGACCUGUCCUAUCUGCGCCAUGUUCCUCUGAGAAGAGUCCACCUGUUCACCUUGGUUCAGAUUGUAUGCCUGGCUGUACUCUGGAUACUCAAAUCUACGUUUUUAGCCAUCAUCUUUCCAGUUAUGAUCCUGGGUCUGAUGGUGGUCCGCAAAAUGCUCGACAUGGUCUUCUCCCAGCAUGACCUGGCAUGGCUGGAUGACCUUCUGCCUGAGAAAGAGAAGAAGAAGAAAGAUGACGAUAAGAAGGGAGGAAAAGACAAGAAAAGGUCCAAAUUAGAAGCAAGUGAAGAGGAGGAUAAGUACAGCCCUUACUCCAACCAUUCACCAAGUUCCGAUUCAGACUUGGAUCGCAGCAUUACCCUCCACCUGAAGAUCUCCUGUCCGUCGUCUCCAGCCAUGCCAACUGGGCGAGGAAUGACCUGCCCCGUCCCACAGGUCAAGAUAGAGAUGGAGUCCGAUGAUGACUCGGAUACGGACCACCACCGGCUGCGAGACAUGAGCAGCGAGACGACGUUAUGA